AUGGUGUGCUGGAGAUCACCUCGCCUAACAGAAGUGCCAUCUAGGCUGAAGAAAAUCCUGCCAAGUCCACAGACAAAAGCUCUGAUGGACAAACUUCAGAAGACUGUCUCAUCUGAAGGAAGAUUUAAAAACCUCAGAGAAACUCUCAAAAACUGUAACCCCCCAGCUGUCCCUUACCUUGGGAUGUACUUGACAGACCUGGCAUUCAUCGAAGAAGGGACACCGAACUUUACCGAAGAAGGCCUUGUCAAUUUCUCCAAAAUGCGAAUGAUAUCACACAUCAUUCGUGAGAUACGCCAGUUCCAGCAGACCGCUUACCGCAUAGACCAGCAGCCAAAGGUAACACUGUGUGUGAGAACCUGCAAAGACAAGUACAGAAAUUAGUGGCCCAUCAAACACAUGGAUGAGCAAUAGGAUCCUAGUCUGUGGUGAGGACCUAAAGUAGGAAUGACCAGCAAGUGUGACUGAGAGAAAGGACCAACUCAUCCACUUGAAUUCAUCACUGAGCCUGUGUCUUGGGUUCUAGCCCUCUCUCCUCCGUACAUUGCCGGUGCUUCCAUCCCAUUUCAACCUCUCAAGGUCACAAAAUCCAUUUUACAAACUGACCGAAUUUUAUAAAAUAAAAUAAUAAAGUAGCA